GGCCCGAAGCUGUCCCGCCAGGAUUGGGCGGCGCCCGGCCGGGGGGCGGGGCUCCCGCCAGGUGAGUCUGGGGCCCGGGCCGGCCCCGCCCCGCCGUGGGCGCCCAGGUGCGGUGCUGCCAGAGCCCUGGGAGCCCCGAGCAGAGCCGGGUGGAGCGUCCCAGCCGCUGGCCGUCAUGGCCGAGUCUCAGCUGGGCUGCCUGGACGAGGCGCACGUGAACGAGAAGGUGACGGAGGCGCAGGCCGCCUUCUACUACUGCGAGCGGCGGCGGGCCGCCCUGGAGGCGCUGCUGGCCUCGGGGGACCGGGCCUACCACGAGUUGCUGGCCAAGGAGCGGCUGCGCAACUUUCUGUCCGAACCCGAGCGCCUGGCGCUCCGGGCCGACUGGCGCCCCUAUGAGGUGCAGGCCCCGGGCCCCGGCAAGGGCAAGGGCAGGAGCAAGGGCCAGGCUCCCGCCCCUGCCCCCGCCGAGCCCGCAGCCUCGCUGGCCUACUGGCCCGACCGUUCGGACACCGAGGUGCCCCCGCUCGACCUGGGCUGGACGGACAACGGCUACUAUCGGGGCGUCAAUCGCGUCACCCUGCUCACCCACCCCCCCAAGGAGGAGAAGGCGCCCCACCUCAAGGAGGUGGUCAGGACGAUGAUCCAGCAGGCCCAGAAGGUCAUUGCGGUAGUCAUGGACCUUUUCACAGAUGGGGACAUCUUCCUGGAUAUCGUCAAUGCCGCCUAUAAGAGACGGGUCCCCGUGUACAUAAUUCUGGAUGAGGCAGGAGUCAAGUUCUUUCUAGAGAUGUGCCGGACCCUGGAGCUCAAUGAUUUCCGAAUCCGGAACAUCCGAACUCGCUGUGUGACUGGGGUCGGGUUCUAUAUGCCCGCCGGCAAAGUCAGAGGGAGCCUGUCCUCCAGGUUCCUGAUGGUGGACGGUGACAAGGUAGCCACGGGGUCUUACAGCUUCACAUGGCGCUCCUCCCACGUGGACAGAAAUCUCCUCCUGGUACUGACGGGGCAGCACGUGGAGCCCUUUGAUGUGGAAUUUCGGGAGCUCUACGCCAUCUCGGAAGAGGUCGAUCUGUACCGAGAACUGGGCCUGACGGGCCUCAAAUAUUCAUCCACGGUGGCGCGUAAACUGAUCAACCCCAAGUACGCACUGGUGGCGGGCAGCCGCCAGCCCCCUGGGGAGAUGAUGCGCUGGGCGGCCCGCCAGAAGCAGGAGGCCCAGGCCGGGGGCAAGGAGGAGCCGGAGGAGGGAGGCGGGGAGGGCUCUGAGUCGGCCCGGCGCCUCGACAGCUUUCUCCAUGACCUGCUCACGCUGGACCAGAUACUGCCCGUGAUGGACCUCCCCGCCCUGGAGAAGGCGGCCUGGAAAGGUGACAGGUUGUAUUCCCCCAGACUUCCAGAACCGAAGCCCAAGGGCAAGGAACCAUCCAUCCGGGGCAGGAAGACUGAGACUAACGGUGCAGCCGCCAGCGGCAAGGAGGGCAGACGGUCGGGCAGCAGGUUCAGCUGGAGGCCCAAGCGUGCCCAGGCCGCCAACGGCAUGGUCAAUUCCCACUCCAGUGAGACCUUCUCUGAGGGGGAGUUUGUGAUAGUCCGGAGGCCGGACCCGGGCACCCACAGCCCCAGCAAUGGCGUCCACAGCAACGGCAGCGUCUCAGGUAGAACAAGCCUUAGUCCUGCCAAGUCGAACAACUGUGUGAUUUCCUGAGUUAUGGUGACCACGUUGGGCAGGACCCACAGACUGCUCAAGACUUCUUACACUCCCUUAAUUCCAAUAACUGUCUUGACAGGGAUCUCCUGGAUGGGACCCCUCGGGAGCCGGCCCAUUCACACUUCGGUCUGCAGCCUUCCGCCCUCUGGACCUCUGCCGGUCUCCCGAAUGAUGGCUGUGGGUCCCGGACAAAGUUAGUGCCAUGCUGGAUGAAGUCAGCUCCGUGUUUACAUUUAGUGGGAGUGGGAAGGGACACCCCUCCCUUUGUGCCUCAACUUGAUGGGAACUGAGAAAUCCUACUGACCUUGAUGAUUGUCUUCCUCCUCCCCCUUUUCUGCUUCCUGCUGGUGAUUCUGGGUCCUUGGGGAAAGCUGGAGGGACAGAGAGAAGGCUGAUGGUUGGGGGAGUUGGGGGAUGAUACCCUCAAACACUGGAAGGCUUACUAGAGAGCUGAGACUCUUUCUCCUGGACCCCAGAGGAGCGAUGGGUACAUGUUACAGAUGGGUAGAUUUAGGUUUGAGAUCUCAAAGAGGAAUGAACUGCCUUUGGCGGGGGAGCGAGUGCCCCUUUCAUGGCGGUAUAAAGGGGGAAGCUAGAAAUGGCUGGCCAUUUGUUUGGGAUGCUAUGGAGGCAGACUAGGUGCCUCUGAGAGCUUUGCCAUUCUGCACAGGGAGAAGUAGAUGUGAAGGGGAAAGAGGCACAUUUGUCUACUCUUUGGUCCUUAGAUAAGGAGAAAAUUUAGCUUUCUAAACCACCGAGAUAAUUUCCAAAAAACCAGAUGGGGAAACGGGUGGGCUCUGACUGGCUGCCAGGGAGGAUGGAUGUCGGAAGGCUUCCUAGAGAUUGGAGGCCCAGGAAGGUGCAGGAAUUCCCAGAGGCCUCUGCCUAGAACAUGAGGCCCAGGCUGAAGUCUUAUACCUCCCCCAAAGCACCUUCUCUUACUGCCUUUUUCACACGACAGCUUCACAGAAAUGAAUGAACUUUGGAACCCACCUAGCUGGUCCAACCUCUCCAUUGUACAGCUAAGAAAAGAGAUUCCCCGUGGGGCUGGAGAUGGGGGGAGGGAGUGACUCAGUUCUACAUAGGUACUAAGCGAUUAUAGCUCACGUUUCUCUUUCAGGGAUUCUUAAUCUGGUCUUGGAACUCGUUUUUUAAAUAUUUUGAUCACUCUGUUUCGGUAUAAUUGGUUCCCUUUGUUAUUCUAUGUAUUUUUUUAAUGCGUUUGAAAACAUGAUUUGGAGAAGAAUCUCUAGCCAGACUGACCGCCCAGAAGAAUGCCCAGGAGGACCAGAGAAGGUUGGGAACAUGGCCAGAGAAGAGCAUUGGGUCUGAGAGUCUAAGUCCAUGCAUUCAGUUUGUCUCCGUUUCUUCUCUAAAACACGAGGUUAGACUGCUGGGGUCUAAGGGACUCCCGGCUAUCAGUGUGUGAUCCUAAUAUAGUCAAUGCAAGUGUGUGCCCAUUUUACAGAUGAGCCCAACAUUUGACGGGCUUGGGAAUAGGGCAAUUUUUUGUUUACGCUCUCUUCCCUGCCCUGCCAAGGGGAAACAUCUUGAGACCUGGGGUAUUUUGCUUUUGUAUUUGUAUCCCCAGCAAAUGCAGCGUCUUAUUAUACAUUUGUUGAAUCAAUUUCUGGGAGUAAUUCUGGUUGGAGCGGAGAGCACUGUGGAGGGUAUGUUGGCCCUAGGAGGCUGUGGGUACCCAGCGUCCCACCAGCGCCGAGUUCCGAUCCUGUCUCUGAAAUUCAGGCUAAGAUGGUCUUCCCCCCACAGGCUGGGCCAAUGGCCAUGCUGCCGGGCCGAGGCUACCAGCCUGGAGUGUGCCCACAGCUAGUGCCUGGGUGUGUGCCCAGGUUAAGGCGGAACAAUAAAGAACAAGGAGAUUGGGCUCCCAGACAGCGGAAGAACCGCGUUUCCACUCCAUCUCUAGAGAAAUGUGAGUUGCUGUCCCCCUAUAAUUAAAACCCAGCGCCCCUAGCCACUCGGCCCAUGGAGCAAAGGAACCAGAUGGCCUGUGACUUUCAAUGAGCAAACUGUUCCCCCCUCUUAGGAUCCUCAGUUUCUUCAUCUGUAAAAUUAUAUAAUUUCAGUUCUAACAGUCUCUAGAUUUAUCAAAGCACCAGACUAUGGAAGUCGGGAACAGAACAGAGGUGAGAACGGUACCAUCCUAGCCUAUGUGAUACCCCAGUAGGGCUCAGUCAGAGGAGCUGUGUCUGAAUCCUGCCUUUGAUGUUUCCUACCCUAAAAUGGGCAUCUCAUUGCCCCUUAAUUUCCUCAUGCAUAAGAUGAAGGUAUCCCCUAUAUGACAGAGAUGGAGACCACCGAGCUCACCUCAGCUACAGCCUGAUUUUUAGCCUUUUGGGGAAAUACAAGUGGAACCACCGGAGGGGAGGGGGUCAGGUAGGGGAGGCGCCAUGUUGAAGUCGGAAGCCAGAUUCUCACUGGUCUAGCCCAGAUCCAGGCUCAUUUUGUCCAUGCGUCUUCAAAUAAUUUUUCUUUUUUAAAUCUUUAUUAAAAGGGAGAGCUUGAUGGGGGAGCGGGGGGAUGGAGAGGAAGAAGGUCAUAAAAAACAGUGAGUUGGUGAGAGGGAGAAAGUGGAUCUGGAAAUGAUGCAAUGGCCCAGAAAGAUGAUCUGUCCUGAGAGUCCCAAGUGUAAGAGCUAGGAAGCCUCGGGGUGGAGGCUGGUACCACCCUCCCUGGGCUUGAGUUGUCCCCAUUGGGUUAGACCGCGCAGGAAAGUUCUGGGGAUUAAACAUUGAAUGUACACGUUCUGAGGGGGCACAGGGGAAGUUGGUCAGAGGGACAGAGACUAUCCCAGCUACCUUUGCAGGGAGGGCUACAGAUGGGACCAGUGGUCUUGCCACGGCCCUAAUCCUUCAGUCGGAAGCUAUUCCCACUUGUUUGCUUACAGAAAGGAAAAGGUAACUGUUUCCAAGGGGGAAUGAUGCUGACCCCUCCUCUGAAAUCAGCUUCUCAGUCCAGCUGGACACUAGCAGAGUCCUGAGGAGAUGUGGUCCAGGAAGAGGAAAGAUGGGAAGUGAUGGAAGCAGGGGGUAUUCCCCUGGGAGGCGACCUGGAGAAGGGGGAGGGGGGAAGAAUGGAGUGAAGGAGAAGAACUGGCCCAGCCCAUUAUGCUCCUCCCAUACACAGGCCCCUGGCUGUGUGCCACAUGUGUGUGUGCAUUCAUAUACACAUAUUUACUGCCAUGUACACAUAUAAUGUGUGUAUUAUAUACAAAUAUAUUCUGCAUACAUUCAUGUCUAGAUUUCGCUCCCUCCUGGCACAUAGUGUAGAUGGGAAACAUGCUCCACGUGUGGAGACGAGUCAUUGCCGGACGUUCAGACUCACCUGGGCCCCUGACAGGUUAAAGGCCCAGCCUGCAGUCUCAGUCUAAGGACUUGGGCCCGGGUCUUUCUGACUCUGGGGACUGCCUGCCCUCCCCACUUAGGACACACUACCUCUCUUUCCUUGCACAUAUAAAUAAUCUUUGAAUUCAACUGUAAAUGAAUGUAAAGAUGGAGAACUAAGGCUAUACAAUAUUGUACAAAAUUUGUUACUGUAUAGGUGUUGCUGAAUUGUGGGGUUUGGUCUAAUUUUUCUUUUUUAAAUCUUCGUUAAAAGGGAAAGUUUGAUGGGGGUGGAGAGGGAGAAGGGGGAGAUGAAUGUGAAGUAAAAAAAAAAAAAUAAGCAACCAGAAGAUAAUAA